UAGGUUAGAGUUUUCGAAACACUCGCAAAGUUGCAGAUCGAUGCGUCGGUAUAUGACAGCAUUAUUAAUCGAGGAGAUGCAUUAGCAUGACAGAAGUAUUAUUAAAAAAAUUUUUAAGUAUCUAUUCACUCUUGAAAGCCAUCGUUCUUUGCGAGGGAAAAAAAAGAUCGAUGCACGGAAAAGUUUAAUAUUCUGGCUCGCCACAUAACCUAUAUAUCUGCAUUAGAGAAGUUAUGCAGAUUUAUUUUACUUUUACCUGGAAGCGAUUAACCGGUUGGUGGGCUGCGUACGACUUCAGCCUCUUCCUGGUCCUGAGGAGGUUAUAUGAUUGCAGAUGCAUAUUCCGAGUGAGAAGCGAUUAAUAAAUAUAUGAAGAGACUUUCUCGAGUACGCUUUCAAGUGUCUCUAGUCUUUAAUCACCUUGAUCCAAACUUCACUCGGGGCAUCAAAAUGCCUACGGUUAUAGCAUUGGACGUCUCUCUCUCAAUGAGGAGACCUGUAUUGACAAAUGGACCAAAUGACAAUUUGCAAAAUGAACCAUUGACACGACACCACUUAGCUGUGCAUGGAAUAAAUGCUCUGUUACACUACUUGCAAGUUAACUCGAAGUUAGAAUUUGUGUCGCUGAUUGUAUUUUCAUCGCAAUGCGAGGUGGUUUGCCCCUUCACUCGCGAUUAUGAUAGCAUACGUGCAAAGUUACAAACUAUUGAGGAGUGGGACAAGACGUACAUCGAAGGAGCGUUACACGGAGUUAAUAAUGUAAUUAUGGCAGAAUGGGGUAAUACCACGGCCUGUCAAGUAAUAUUGAUUACAGAUGGUAAUCCUGGAGUAGGACCAAUGUCCUUGGGUCACUCUUUGAGUUCUUUAAAUGUUGCGCAAGACACAAAUCCCUUUCCAUUACCUUUCCCAUAUCCGGGAAAAUUAAGUAUAGUUUGUAUUGCGUCGCAACAGGAUUUUAGUUUGCAGAUUGGUUUACCUCUCUAUCAACGUUUAGUUGAUCUAGCUGGCGGUGAUAGCAUUGUAUUAAUUCCUGACUCACCGCUUAGCAAAUAUUCCAUUGCAGCUUGCUUCCAAAAGCUAGCUGAAGCAAAUUAUGUUUCCUUUCAAGGAUAUCUAAAAUGUGGCCAUUUAGGUUCCCGUAUUUUAUUAUCACCGGCUCCAAUGCCUCAUACGAAGAAGACAGAUUUUGAAUUAGCCCCAGGUUUGUCAAUAUCGAAAACUAUAGAAAUAUGUGGAUUUAUAUCUGUAGGAGAUGUUGGUAGCCCAAGUUCCAUUUCUAGACAUUUAGUAUUGCCAUUGGCAACGGAGAAAAAUUCAAGUAUGCAGGGUAUAUCGUUAGAAGAGGAUUCUGAUACUGAUGAAAACGGAGACGAAGGAAAAAUGCCAUCUUUUUGUGUAUUGCUUCAUGGAGCAUUAAAGGUAGAAAAUAUGGCAGCCCUUUGUAUGUUGAACAACGAAUGGUAUGGAUUUAUAUACUCUUGGGCGGAUACUAAAAAGAAAUCCAACUUAAUGCUAACAGUAUUAGAACCAGGAUCUAAUGUUGUACCAUGGUUAGGCGAUUUCAGCAAUUUAGGUCCAUUAGAUUCAGUUAAAAGUUCUCCAGUCAGUUUUCCAGUUAGACCAGCUGAAAAAAGAAGCUACACACAAAAUGCUCCUUCAUGGAUUCGCCAAGUUGGCUUGCAAUCCGAUAUUCAAAAAAUAUUAAGACAUGCGAGAAAAUUACCAGAUAAGACGCAGAACUUUUACAAGGAGGUAAACAGAUUACGACGUGCAGCAGCGUCUAUAGGAUUCAUCGAGUUAUUGGAAGGCUUAGCAUGCAUCUUGGAGCGAGAAUGCACAUUGCUACCACCGAAUCUAAAUCCUGACUGCACGAUCCAAAUGGGACACGUUGCAUCGAUGAUCCGAAAGCCAGAAUUUCACGAGCUUAGGUACAACAUUCCACCCGCGCGGACGAAAUUUCAACCUGGAUCAUAAGAUGUAAUACGCUAUCAAUAGAAGUAAUUUCUUGUAUCACAACCGGACAUUCAUACAGCAAAAAUAAAACUUGUAUUUUCUAUUCAUA